AUGCACGCCACCGGCCACACGGACCGCUCGGGCGGCGGCGGCGGCGGCGGAGGCUCCUGGCGCCUCCCACCCGACGAGACGCUGCAAGUCGCCGACCCCAAGUCCGCCAAAGAGGAGGACCUGUACCCUGGAGACGGCCACAACUGGAGAAGUAUUAUAUUUUCAUUGAUGGUCAUCAGUUUUGUGAUUGCCGGAAUAGUCACCGCUAUUUACUUAUUGGGGUAUGUAGACGAGUUGCUGUAUUGGUCGGGCCGUCGAAUGCGCUUGGACGAAUUCCUGCGUGGCGAUUUAACAGGCGAACGUUUGACAACCACUUGGGUCAGCGCCCAUCAGCUCGUGUACCAGGCGGACGACGGCAGUCUGCUGGCACUGAACACUUUCAACAACACACUCACCGUUCUCGUCACCAAUCACACACUAAGACAACUAAAUGUACGCGGUUAUCAGUGCUCUCCAAAUCUACGCUACGUACUGUUCCAACACAAUAUCAAAGAGGUGUACCGCCGUACUUUCACCGCUUACUACACCGUUUAUGACGUUACAAAUGAUCACCAUAUACCACUGUUUGGCGAGGGCCAGAGCAGCUGGGAGUGGCAGCAUGCGGCGUGGCUCGGAUCCGACGGCUCACUGCUAUUGGCAGCUGACAACGAAGUGCUGGCGCGACCUGGGCCCCCAGCGCGCCGUGCUCCUAUCCUGCGGCUCACCACAGACGCCCGUGACGGAAGCGUUUACAAUGGCGUCUCCGACUGGCUUUAUCAAGAGGAGGUGACAAAAACACCAUCGGCGACCUGGGGAUCUUCUGAUGGCACUCUGGUUAUGUACGUUCAAUACAAUGAUACCAUGGUACCAGAGCUCCAGUUUCCUAGGAUUUCAGAAGGCAUUGGUGGAGCUGGUGCAACUAGAUCUGGUUUUCUAUUGCCUGCCCUCAACAAUAGCAUUCAUGCUGUCUUUCCUGAUCACAUGACAGUUAGAUAUCCGACGCCGGGAAGUUCUAUACCCAAAGUUAGGUUAUGGAUAGUAGGAGUACAAAACACGACAUCUCCACCGAGGUGGGAAGUGAAACCUCCAAGUACUUUAGAUGGAAUGGAAUAUUAUCUCAUAUCAGCCCAAUGGGUGGGCAAAGAUAAUUCACACGUGGGCGUUGUUUGGAUGAGCCGCGCCCAAAAUCUAACAGUAUACAGUAGUUGUUAUGCACCAAAUUGGACAUGUACAGAAACACACUCAGAAAAAGCAACAGAUGAACCAUGGCUGGAGGUUCAUCAAAAACCUGUCUACUCAGAAGAUGGGAGUGCCUUUUUACUUUUAGCAGCCGUCCAAGAGGGCGGGGGCCAGUAUUACACGCAUAUCAAACAUGUUGAUGUAUUACGUCAACGAAUGGCAGUACUCUCACAUGGAAGGGUAGAAGUUGCCGAAAUUCUUGCCUGGGACCAGAUAAACAACUUGGUUUAUUAUUUAGGUAGUGCCGAUAGACCAGGUCAGCGGCAGGUAUACGUGGUCCGAGAUCCAGGAUACGGUGGAGGGAGUAAUUCAGUGAAAGCUCGAGCUGAACGCGAAGAGCCUCGUUGCUUGACAUGUGAACUGGCAGUCUGGCCCGCUCGCCUUCACUAUGCUAAUUGUUCAUUUUGGAGAGCAACUUUUUCACCGCCCAAGCCAAAAGUCGGCAUAACCCACUAUGUUUUAGAAUGUGGCGGCCCAGGUCCACCGCUCGCAGGACUCCAUAAUGCUAAGACACAUAAGCUAGAAAGAAUAUUAUAUGAUACCCGACCUUAUAGAUCUGUACGACUCAGGGAGCUAGCUUUGCCAACCCGGAGGUCUUUUGAUGUACAGUUGAGUAGUGGAUCGAAGGCUCGAGUCCAACUGCUUCUGCCGCCUUCUUGGCGAGAAGAACUGCGCGAUGCAGCUUUCCCCGUCCUAGUUCAUGUUGACGGUAGACCUGGUAGUCAACAAGUAACAGAUGAGUUCCUAGUAGAUUGGGGCUCAUACAUGUCUUCCCGCAACGACGUAGUUUACGUAAAAUUAGAUGUAGCAGGUGCUAGAGGAUUACCACGAGCACUGCUGCGCGGUCGUCUGGGAGGAGUGGAAGUGGCAGAUCAGUUAGCUGUUAUUAGGUAUUUAUUGGAAACUUUUAAAUUUCUGGACGUAACACGGGUUGCUGUUUGGGGAUGGGGUUAUGGCGGAUACGUUACAGCGAUGCUCUUGGGAUCACAGCAAUCAACUUUGAAAUGCGGUAUAGCUGUAUCACCAAUAACAGACUGGCUUUACUAUAACGCAGCGUUCACGGAGCGUAUCUUGGGUCAGCCGUCUGUCAAUUAUAAAGGCUACGUGGAAGCGGAUGCAUCUCAACGUGCACACCAUGUGCCGGCGCAUGCCCUAUACUUGGUGCACGGUAUGGCCGACAUGAGUGCACCCUACCCCCACGCCCUUCAACUGGCUCGAGCUCUAACAGACGCUGGGGUACUAUUCAGAUAUCAGGCAUACGCUGAUGAAGGGCAUGACUUGAAAGGCGUCAUCGAACAUGUGUACCGAUCUAUGGAAGAUUUCCUUCGAGAAUGUUUGUCCCUCGAUCCUGAAGACACAAAACUGCCUCCGCCAGAUAGA